AUGGAAAUUGAAAGUGGAGAGUUGUCAUCUUCAGAAGAGGAGUUUAAUUUAAUCUACAAUAAUUUUAUAAAUAAUACCAAUAAAAAAAAUAGUAAUAAUAACGAUAGACAAUUAAAUAAUUUAUAUCAAUCUCUGUGUGAUGGACAAUCCAAUAACAAUAUAGCAUUUUUUAAAAAACUAUUACAAUUCUCAACAUCAAUAUCAUCUUCUGUAGACGAUAAAUAUUUAGAUUUUUUGUUUUAUAUUUACAAUAAAUUUAUUGAAAAUAAAUGGAAUAACAAAGAAUGUUUUUCAGAAAUUUUAUAUACUUUAUCAAUUAAGUCAGAUAGUUCAAAUAGGUUAUAUUCAAUUUUAAACUAUUCAAAAAUAUUUAAUGAGAGUGAAAAAGAUACAACUGAUUUUUUCAAUGUUCUAUUUUCAUUUGUUCAAUGGGAUAAUAGAUUAGAAGUUAUAAAUAAUGGUAUCGAAUUUUUAGGAUCAAUAAUAUCAAUCUCUAUUAGUCUUGGAUUUUCAAACAUACUAAAUUUGGCAUCAAAAUGGUUAAUUAAUUUCAAGAGAAUCAAUGCACCAAAGGUUGUCAAGGACACAUGGGGAUUAAAUGUAGGAGGUGGUGAUAUUGGUAGUAAAGAAAUUGAUAUACAUUAUAUAUCAAUUAAAUUAUUAAAAUAUUUAUUAAAUGAUCAUUUAAUUUCGAAUGAAUCAAGCAGUAAUUUUGAAAUGUUACCAAAAUAUUCUCUUGAUUUUACAUGUAUUCUAUUGACCACUAUGCUAUCCCACUAUCUUAAUCCAUUUAAUAGAGAUAAAGUAAAUGCCCAAGGUAAAGAAGAAGCAGAGUAUUGCGAAUAUAUAAUACCAAAAUGUGCUUCGCUAAUAUCAAACCACUGGCUGCCAAUUUCAUCAAACACUCCUAAUGAUUCAUUAUUAUUUAAAUCGCCAUUUAAAGAACUAUCUACAGCAUCGAAAUCGCCAUUCGUAUCACAUACCAUUCUAAAAGAGCUAAUAACCAUUUGUAUAUUUUCAAGUUACCCAGUGAACAAAAAUGAUCAAAGUUUAGAAAACAACGAAUUAAUUGGACCUUAUUUAUCAAAAAUAAUUUCAUUGAUAUUGAAAAGUAUUUUUGAUGGAGAUAGCCCAAUGGCUCUCAAAUAUAAAUUGAUUCAGUCAGACCUAUCAAUAGAGUAUUUUAAUAAUAUAGUGACAGAGUUAAAUAAAGACCAGUACAACACCGAAGAUCUAUCACAACCUGCCGACACACUCUAUUCAAUUAUAAUAGUACUAUCAAAUAGUUUUGUCGAUAAAAGUAAAGAAUAUUCCAAAUCUAUUUUACAAUCAUUAACAAAGUUAAACAAACCAUCAAAAUAUUCUUAUUUAUUAGAUACACAAAUUAAAAAAAUAAAUAAUAAAUAA